UUUUGCAUCGCAUUUGCCAGUACAGCGGCUCCUGAACGCCGCGACGCGAAGACAGCCAACAAGCCAACGGGUCUUACAAAGUUUCACCAGGAAGUUUCGCGCCGAUCGCUAACCGCGCAUACGGGAUUUCAACGCGGCGACUUUCAUGUGCAUCAUACGCCCGCGCGCGUGUCAAUGAUUUGUGUAAAGUGCGCGCAGCGUUGGUUCCUGGACUUUGAGAAAUAAAUGUAAAUAAAUCCCGCUUGGAGUCACCAACGUAACCAACUCAGAACCGCUGCAAAAUGUCGGAGAUAGUUUACCCGCCUGGCUGCAGGCCAAUCACAGACGACCUCGGCGCCGACGAGCUCAUCCGACGCCUGAAAACCCUCGCGCAUACACUCCAGGCCAUGGGACAAGACGAGGGCGCCUACCAACAGUACAUCCCGCUCGCAUUACACCUUGCUGAAGAGCAAUUCCUCUCACAUCCGUCUCGGGACGUUCAGCUUCUGAUUGCCUGCUGCAUCGCUGACGUACUCCGCGUAUACGCUCCAGAGGCUCCGUAUAAGGACACCGAUCAAGUGAAAACAAUCUUCCUCUUUUUAAUCACACAACUAUCAGGGUUAAAAGACCCCAAAGACGCCGCUUUCAAGCGAUAUUUUUACCUCCUCGAAAAUCUCGCAUAUGUUAAAUCAUUCAACAUGUGUUUUGAAUUGGAGGAUUGUCAGGAGAUUUUCUGCGCAUUGUUUCAUCUGAUGUUUAAAAUCGUCAACGACGAACACUCCGGCCGAGUGAAGAGUUUCAUGUUGGAUGUUUUAUGUCCAUUGAUCACUGAAAGUGACAUAGUCAGCAAUGAGCUUCUGGAUAUUAUCCUGAUGAAUAUUGUUGAGCCAAACAAGACGAGCAAAAAGAACGCGUAUUUGUUAGCAAAAGAGUUGGUUGUGAAGACGUCUGACACAUUGGAGCCUUACAUUCAAGGUUUCUUCAAUCAGGUGUUGAUUCUUGGUAAAGAAGACAAGACACUUUCAAUUUGCGGCAAAGUUUAUGAUUUGAUUUACGAAUUGAAUCACAUUUGUCCGCAUAUUCUAUUAGCAGUGCUGCCACAGCUCGAAUGCAAACUGAAAAGCCCUUCGGAGAGUGAGCGUCUAGGAGCUGUGGCGCUUUUGGCGCGAAUGUUCAGCGAAAAAGAUUCUGAGCUCGCGCGUCGUCACACUCAACUAUGGCGUUCGUUUCUGGGUCGUUUCAAUGAUAUUUCUGUCGGAAUUAGGACAAAAUGCGUUCAGUAUUCGAUGCAUUUCCUGUUAAAUCAUCCAGAUUUAAGGAAGGACAUCACAGAUACUUUAAAAAUGCGUCAGCAUGAUGCGGAAGAGACUGUGCGCUAUGAAGUUGUCAUGGCGAUUGUUACAACUGCUCGGAGAGAUUUCCAAGUGGUGUCUGACAGCGAAGACCUGCUGGAAUUCGUCAAGGAGCGCACGUUGGAUAAAAAGUUCAAAAUCCGUAAGGAAGCGAUGAGUGGACUCGCGAUGAUUUACAGAAAACAUCUCUCUGAUCCUGACGUGCCGAACGCCACAAAGAAAGCUGUCACUUGGAUCAAGGAUAAAAUCCUUAACGGUUAUUACAUGGCAGGUAUGGAGGAUCGUUUGUUGGUGGAACGUCUACUUAACACGUGCCUCGUUCCCUUCCAACUGCCCGCUGCUGAAAGAAUGAAGAAACUUUAUCAUCUUCUUGGAACUGUUGAUGAUCACGCACGCAAGGCAUUCAUGGAGUUGCAGAAGAAUCAACUCUGUGUGAGGAAGCUUGUCCUCGAAUGGCUUGAUUUGCAUCGACGUCCAUCAACAUCUGAUGUAGCUAAAGAGUCGAUGAGUAAAGUAACUUCUCUGUCGCGAUGUCUGCCAGAGCCUGUCAAAGCAAACGAAUUUCUGACGAAGUUUUCUAAUCAUCUUAGAAAAGAUGCAGCGCUCUUGGAUGCGAUGGAUACAGUCGCUCGGCCGUCGGUUAGUUGUCAAGAAUGUUCUGAGGCUACUGCGAGCGUAUUAAAGAAGCUCGGCCAGCCGGUUAUGACGAAUUUGUACUACAACACAGUGAAGAUGCUUCUGGAGAGAGUUAGCAGUGUAAUGGUUGAUCACAAUGCAAUUAAACUACUUGUAGGCUAUGUGGAUGAUUGUUUGCGUGGAGGGAACACGGUCGAAGAAGUUGGGUUACACCCAGCGACUGCUGGCGACCGCGGAUUGAAACUGCUUGUCAUGUUGAGUAGUGUUUUCCCAUCGCAUUUUCAUCAUACGGAUGUUUUGGAGGAGUUGAUGGAGAUGUUGAAUAUUGAGGAUGAAAAUGUGGCGCCUUUAGUUCUUAGCGUUUUCACUUGGUUAGGAAAAUAUAAAAGUUUAUCUGAAGAUUUCCCGCAACUGAUGGAGUCUCUCGCCCCAAUGUGUAAAAACUUUGCUGAAACCGGCACACCAAAGCAGGCGAAACAGGCUAUCCGCUGUAUAUACGUGAAUAUGGUCGAUUUGCACGAUACGCUAUUCCCUGCCAUCCUAGAAGCAACGAAGAACAACUUGGAGCCGCAGAAUUUAUACUAUCGCACGGCGAUUGUCACUUUGGGUCAUAUUGCGUUCAACGUGCCCGAAAAAUGCAAAGUUCAAAUCAAAAAUAUUGUUUCCCGAAAGAUUGUAAAAGAAUUGUUGGUGAAAGAUGUCAAAGAUGGCGAAGAAUGCCACGAUAUGGAAACGACGUGGUGCUCCGAAGACGACCUACCCGAAGAAACACGCUGUAAAAUCGAAGGUCUCAAAGCAAUGGCUCGUUGGCUGCUUGGGCUGAAACAAGAUAUUGCAUCCGCGCAGAAAACAUUCCGCAUGCUUAACGCAUUCAUUCUACACAAGGGUGAUUUGCUGCAAUCAGGCAAACUAUCUCCGGCGGAAAUGUCCUGGUUGCGCUUAUCCGCCGGUUGCGCGAUGCUGAAAGUAUGCGAACAGAAAGGCGUUGGUGAUCAGUACACCGCCGAACAAUUCUACAACCUCGCUACGCUGAUGACGGACGAGGUGAAGCAAGUACGCGAAUUAUUUGCUGCUAAACUACAUAAGGGUUUGUGCCGCGGCUUGCCGAAUAAAUGCCUACCCUUGGAUUUCAUGGGCUACUACGCCCUUGCCGGCAAGGAACCCGAUAAUAAGCUGAAACAGACUAUCAAAAACUACAUGGUGGCCGAUAUCAAUAAGCGGCGUGAUUGCGUCAAGACGUUGACAAUGGGCGCGGGACAAAUCGACAAGGCGAUGAGUGAAUUGCCGCACAUACUGCCCGAUUACAUGCUGGUGUUUGCCAUCCCAGUACUAGCGCAUGAUCCUGCUUUCUCCAAGUGGGACGAUGUGAAUGAUUUGACGAAGGCGAGAUUGUGCCUCUGGUUUAUUCUCGAGCCGCUUAUUAGCAAGAGCGAGUACUUUAGCUAUGGAUUUUACAAGAACUGCAUCGAGCGUAUGAAGAAUCACAAGGAUUCACUACGACCUGAUGAUGAUUCAAUAAAUUACAAAUUAUGGGCGUUAUGCGAUUUAACGAGCGGAUUGCUCCUGACGAAGACGUUACACUACGACAUGAAGGACUUCCCGUCUGACACACGAAUACCUGCGAUGUACUUCACACCGCAGACAGAUUUCGUCAACGCGAGAGUAUUCCUCCCGCCAGAGUUGCAGUAUCAACCGAAGAAGACCGGCAUCACACUGUCAAUGAUCAACGCCGAGCGAAACAAGAAGGUGAAGAAUAAGCACACCAAGCUGGAACCCUGUGGGCCGCUAGGCACAGACGUCCAACAGCCGCCUCAAGUAUUAAUUAAAGGAAUAGAUGCCCAGCCUUCAGAAGCGUCGGAAACGAAGAUACAAGUCCCGGGUCUGGAAGACAUCGACGAGCCGCCGGCGAAGCGUCUACGCGAGCGAAUAAAACUUGAGAUGGAUAAGUGACCGGAUGCCUCAUUGUAAAUAUGGAUUGUAUUUCUAAACAAGUUAAAUGAUAACUACCGAUAGUCGAUCUCCUUUUUUUCUACGUUUUAUUUGUAACGUCUGUCGACAGUCGCAUGUAAUUUCCACACAAAGCAGUAUAUUCCGACGAAAGAGAACAAUAACAGAAAUAACUAUACACUGUUAUUUGAAUUCUCUGAUUGUGUAUUUGAAUGAAGACAGUAAUUUUAAUAUCGCGAGGAGGACACAUUAACUCAACUGUACUGUACAAUAAGAGAAAGAUAGUGCCGAAUGGAUUUGGGGGUGAGAGUACGAAAGAGGGUGGUUCGUUUCUGGUAAACGCAACUAUUAUAUUCCUUGAACGUUUUGUUCAAAAAGCCGAAAGAAGUACCCGCUGUGUUUUUUUCAUUUUUAUCAUACUAUGAUGAUUUCUAGUUUAAGUUGUACAAUGAUUCAUCUAUUAAGUUAGCUUAAAAUGUAAGUUUUACGGACACUCAACACAAACACAUUUACAUCUUUUCAUUAUUAUGUAUUUAUUUGGUUGUAUUGGAUUGGUGUAAAUGAUUACAAUUUGCUCUUUUAUGUUCAGUGUAGUUUUAUCUUAUGUUAUUUCGAAUGCGUUCAUUUUCCAUCCCGAUUAUGUAAUUUACAUUUGGAGAAAUAUUUUUUUUACAAAUGUAUACUUAAGAGUAAAAAAACUAUACAUAAACAA